UCCAAAAACAAGUGAUGUUACCAACUUCCAACACAUACAAUAAAACCACACCCAUCUCUCUCUUUAUCAAAUUCAUCUUUGUCUCCGCUCAUCUCCUGUUGCUUCUCUCAAAUUCUUACUCUCUUUCUAUUACUUCUAUCUCUGCUUUGUUCUGGUUCUGCUUCUUGCUCCAAACAGAGCUCAAUCCUCCUUGGGAUCUUCGUCUUGUUGAUUGUUACUCUCAGUUCCAAGUCCAACCACUUUCUUUUAUUUCCUUCGAAUUAAAUCCAGCUCUUCUUUUGGUUUUGGUCCUAAUUCACUCCCUCUCUCUCUCUCUCUCUCUCUCUCUCUCUCUCUCCCCUCGUGGAAAGGAAAACCAGCUUUUCUUGAGAUACCCAUUUGCCUUUAAUCUCUCAGCAUUAAGUUCCAUUCUUCAUUGAAUUUCUUGAGUAGUGUAAUCUCUCAGCAUCCAAGAAGCCUACUUUUUCUUCUUCUUAGGAAAAAGCACAAGGAAGCAACCGUCUUUAGCUGCAAAACUUUUCCGUUUCUCCAGGGGUUCCUGUUUCUUAUUGUCGUUUACAAGAACAAGAACAAGAACCUGCCCUUUUCUAUUCAUCACGAGAUUUCAUUUCUGGUAAAUUCUUAUAUCUCCUCAGUUUCCUUUUCUUUCCCUUACAUACAAAAGAUCAUAUUUUUUCAUGGUUGUUCAUCGUGUUGGUAUUACAGAGCUGCGAACGAUACAUGGAAAUCAAGAAAUUUAGAUUCCAAAUCUCAAAAGCACCGUCUGUUCAGGUACUGUUUUUCCUAGUUCUUCUCAAAUAUUCCACUGUUUUUUCGUUUGACUGAUGGGAUCAUCAUCAUCAUCAUGAAGACAAAUUCUGGGUUGGGAUUUGAGUGUUUUUAAGGAUGCAAUAAUGGCGAUAAUUGAAGAAGCACUCUAGAAAGCUCUCUUUUUAAAUUUCUGUUUCUAUUUCACAAUGGCCAGAAACUUUUUUCUUUCCCUUCAAUUUCUUUCGUUUCUUUCCUUCCUGUUCUUCUCAGCUUUCCCGCUUUCUUUUGGUUUGAACGUUGAGACACGGGCCUUGCUUGAAUUCAAAAAGCAGCUCAAAGACCCUUUGAAUGUUUUGGAUUCUUGGAAAGAAUUGGAGUCUCCAUGCAAGUUUUCUGGGAUUGCCUGUGAUACUACAUCUGGGAAAGUGACUGAAAUCUCACUUGACAACAAGUCUCUCUCUGGUGAGAUUUCAGCAUCCAUUUCAGCCCUUGAGAGCAUGACUACCCUUUGGUUGCCUUCCAAUUCUAUCUCUGGGAAGCUUCCUCUUGAGCUUAUUAAUUGCAGCCGUCUUAGGGUAUUGAAUCUAACUGGAAAUAAAAUGGUGGGAGUCUUACCUGAUCUUACUCCCUUGAGAAACUUGGAGAUUCUUGAAUUGUCGUCAAACUACUUCUCCGGCAGAUUUCCGACCUGGGUAGGAAAUUUAACUGCACUGGUUACGCUUUCUAUAGGGCAAAAUGAAUAUGAUGAGGGUGAAAUUCCAGAGAGUAUUGGAAAUUUGAAGAACCUGAGAUAUCUGUUUCUGGGGUAUAGCCAUUUGAGAGGAGAGAUUCCAGAGUCCAUUUUUGGACUAUGGAAGCUUGAAACUUUUGACAUUUCGAGUAAUAAGAUCACAGGGAAAUUCCCAAAAUCAAUUUGCAAAUUGCAAAAGCUUAAGAAGAUUGAGCUCUAUAUGAACAAUUUGACUGGGGAGAUCCCACCGGAACUCGCAAACCUCACCCUCUUGCAGGAAAUCGAUAUAUCUUCGAAUCAGAUGUAUGGGAAACUGCCAGAGGGAAUUGGAAAUUUGAAGAAUCUGACGGUAUUUCAGUUAUAUGAUAAUAAUUUCUCUGGAGAGCUACCUGCUGGUUUUGGAGAGAUGCAGCAUCUUAAUGGGUUUUCAAUCUAUAAAAACAAUUUUUCAGGGGAGUUCCCAGCGAAUUUCGGCCGGUUCUCACCAUUGACCAGCUUUGACAUAUCUGAGAAUCGAUUUUCAGGAAGUUUCCCGCAGUUUUUGUGUGAAAAGAGAAUCUUAUACGACUUGCUGGCUUUGGAAAACAGUUUUUCUGGGGAGUUUCCAGAUUCUUAUGUCAAGUGUAAGUCUUUAAAAAGGUUCAGGAUCAGCAUGAAUAAGUUGUCUGGACAGAUUCCAGAUGAGGUUUGGGCUCUGCCACUUGUGAUCAUACUUGAUUUCGGUGAUAAUGAUUUCAGUGGACGGAUAUCCCCUAAAAUUGGGUUGUCUACCAGGUUGAAUCUGUUGUUUUUGCAGAACAACAGGUUUUCGGGUCAGCUUCCAUCUGAACUUGGCAAAUUGACGAAUCUAGAGAGGCUAUCUUUGCAGAGUAAUAGCUUCUCUGGUGAAAUACCUUCCGAAUUUGGUUCUUUGAAACAGUUAUCUUCCUUACAUUUGGAAGAAAAUUCAUUGACAGGACCCAUACCAUCAAAACUGAGUGAUUGUGCUAGACUGGUGGACUUGAAUCUUGCUUCGAAUUCUCUUAGUGGUCCUAUCCCACAUGCUUUUUCCCUGAUGAGCUCUUUGAACUCUCUCAAUCUUUCGCAAAACAAACUUAAUGGUUUGAUUCCAGAAGAUUUGGAGAAAUUGAAGCUAAGUGACAUUGAUUUAUCUGGAAACCAAUUAUCAGGAAGGAUUCCAUCAGUUCUUUUGACCAUAGGUGGUGACAAAGCAUUUCUGGGGAAUGAUAAGCUUUGUAUUGAUGAAAAUUCCAAGAGCAUUACAAAUUCAAAAAUGAAUGUUUGCCUCCGAAAGCACGGUCAGAAACCAACAUUUGGAGAUAAGCUGGUAUCGCUCUCUGUCAUCUUAUCUGCCUUUGUUGUUGCUUUAGCUGGCUUACUGCUUGUUAGUUACAAGAACUUCAAGCAAGGGCAAGUUGACAGAAAAAAUGACUUGGAUCCGGAAUGGAAACUUGCAUCUUUUGACCAAUUGGAUAUCGAAGCAGAUGAAAUAUGUAAUUUAAAAGAGGAAAAUUUGAUUGGAAAAGGCGGUACAGGAAAAGUGUAUCGCUUGGAUUUGAAGAAAGGUGGUUGCACAGUAGCAGUAAAGCAAAUGUGGAAAGGAGACAGUCUCAAGCUUUCAGCAGCUGAAAUGGAAAUUUUAGGGAAAAUCAGGCAUAGAAAUAUACUAAAGCUUUAUGCUAGUUUACUCAAAGAAGGAUCAUGUUUUCUGGUGUUUGAAUACAUGGCUAAAGGUAAUCUGUUUAAUUUACUUCACGGAAAGAUUAAAGAUGAGGAGCCACAAUUGAAUUGGUGUCAGAGGCAUAAAAUAGCUUUGGGUGCUGCAAAGGGAAUUGCAUAUCUGCACAAUGAUUGCUCUCCACCAAUUAUUCAUAGAGACAUAAAAUCAAGCAACAUUUUACUCGAUGAGGAUUACGAGCCAAAAAUUGCUGAUUUUGGGGUUGCAAAGCUUGCUGAAAUGUCCUUUAAGGGGUGUGAUAACAGCUUUCUUGCAGGCACUCAUGGAUAUAUUGCCCCUGAGAUGGCAUAUACCCUAAAAACUACAGAAAAGAGUGAUGUAUAUAGUUUUGGUGUUGUGCUGCUAGAAUUAGUCACUGGUAGGAAACCUAUUGAUGAGGAAUAUGGAGAAGGCAAAGAUAUAGUGUACUGGGUUUUGAAACGUCUUAGUGACCGUGAAAAUGUCUGCAAGGUUCUCGACGACAAGGUUGCAUCUGAAUCUGUCCAAGAGAGCAUGAUUAGAGUCUUGAAGAUUGGUAUCCUUUGCACAACCAAGCUUCCUAACCUGCGGCCUAACAUGAGAGAAGUUGUGAAGAUGCUGGUUGAAUGUUGAUCCUUGCAUUUCCAGAUCUCCGGACAGCAACUCCGACAAAAAAUGAGAAGCUUUUCCUCUGAAGUUUUGUUUGUUGAUAGUAGUUCGGCUUUCCAGAUCCGAACUUUCUAAGCAAGUGUUGGUAAAAAAGUUUGGUGGUAUAUAUAAAUAUACUUAAAUUUACAAGCGUGAGCUAGUUUGUAAAAGGCUUUUUGUUGCAAUGUAAUCAUGUGUUUCGAGACAUCAUCUUGUGAAUAUGUGUUGGUUUUUUUUGAAGAAUAAAUAAAUUUUAGCUAUCAUUUCACUUGCUCCAA